CGCACAGCACUGAGAGGCCGGGCUCUGCGGUCCUGCGUCCUGCCACCAUCCUGCCGCACCACAUGGAGACCGGACAGAGCCACAGUAACGGGGAAUGACAAAGGAAGAAGGUGGACCGUUUUUCUCCUCCUCCAGCUAUAUGAACCGCGCACAGCAUCAGCAGAUCACAGAGAGAGAGAGAGAUGAGGGUGACGGGAAGUAAUGCUGGUGCUUAUUGCGGUCUGCGUCAAACCUCUCGCUCCUUCGGAAGAUAAUGCCCUCGGUGCCUCUUUAAGGACUUUCUGGGUUCAUUAUUAUUUUGCUUGUGAUCACCCGUGCUGCAGGGGUCCAUGUUGUCAGCAUCUCGGGGUAAACAUCCAGCGGGGACAGCGAUGGUCACCCAGUCCCUCUCAGCAUCUGCAUUGUAAGGAGAAACUCGUCCUGCGUGAGUGGGAUUUUUGUGAGGGGAAUAUGCAGAGAUAAAGGACAGUUUUUUUUGUUUUUUUUUUUGUUGUUGCAUACAAAACCACAUCAGAGCCAUAGUUGGAUUACAAGGUGUUUGGUUGUUUACCAACAUGAACUCGCUGUUUUUCUCCGAUACGCCGCCCGGUCCGGUCUGCAACGUCCCCACCGGGUCGGGCGCGGUGACCAGCGCCCUGCGAAAUGACCUGGGCUCCAACAUCCAUGUGCUGAAAACCCUCAACCUGCGCUUCCGCUGCUUCCUUGCCAAAGUCCACGAACUGGAGAGGAGGAACAAGCUGCUGGAGAGCCAGCUGCAGCAAGCCCUGCAGAGACCGCAAUACCGCCACCUUUACGCCCGUGAAGUUGCAGUGCAGACGGAUGGUCCCGAGUCGCGGCUGCCGGGGACCAUCUGGAGUUUCACCCACGUCCGGAGGCAAGGGGAGCGCUUUGAGACCCUGCACGGGCCCGGAGUGACGUGGACUCACCCGGACGGAGUCGGGGUCCAAAUAGACACCAUUACCCCAGAACUGAGGGCUCUGUAUAACGUGCUGGCCAAAGUCAAGCGGGAGAGGGACGAGUACAGGAGAAAAUGGGAGGAAGAGCUGUCCAAACGACAACAGCUGGAGUCCACGGUGGAAUCCAUGCAGCAGAGCGCCCAGGAGUCAACCGAGGUCCAGGAUGAGCUGAACGAGAAGGUGGACAGACUGAAGGCUGAACUUGUAGUCUUCAAGAGUCUGAUGAGUGAUCAAAUGUCCGAUCUGGAUACCAAGAUUCAGGAGAAGGCCAGGCAUGUGGACAUGGACAUCUGCAGGCGGAUCGACAUCACGGCCAAACUGUGCGAUGUGGCUCAGCAACGCAACUCAGAGGACAUGUCAAAGAUGUUCAACGUCAGUCCAGCCAGGUCGCUCCCAGAGAGGGGUGCCGGGGCCUGCUGCAGGAGAAAAGAGCGUAAAGCCGUGUCGGAUGAGGAGAGCUCAGAGAUGGAUGCCGAGCCCAGCCCUUUAGAGGAGGAAACCCCAGGGUCGCUCAACAUCACGGACGAAAUGAAACGCAUGCUCAACCAGCUACAUUGUUCAGAUAACUCCUUUGUUGCCAGGCGCGAGACGUUCGAAAUUGACGACGACUGUGACAGUCUGACGUGGGAGGAAAACGAGGAGACUCUGCUGCUGUGGGAGGACUUCACAAACUACAACAUACCAUGCACCAUUGCCGCAACAGCCUGCACAAACUCCUGCCCCACUGAUGGCAACGGUGAAGCCGCUGAUCCAGACUCCCAGGAUGGAAGUCUUGGCAGCCUCAUUGAUGAAACAGAGUCACUAUUUAAGACCAGAGAGCAGGAGUACCAGGAGACCAUCGGCCAGAUCGAGAUGGAAUUGGCCACGGCAAAGAGUGACAUGAACCGACACCUGCAUGAGUACAUGGAGAUGUGCAGCAUGAAGAGGGGCCUGGACGUGCAGAUGGAGACCUGCCGACGGAUGAUUAAAGGAGGCAGGAACUCUCCCUCUAUCAGCUCCGUGGCCAGCAGCGACUCAGGGAACACAGACGAGAUCCAGGACGAGAUUUCGGACAAGGACGCAGAGGCUGAAGUGCCCGUUAGUUGAUGGCCGCAUAGCCGGGCUUUGUCCCAUCUCCUCCUGAACGCCACUCAUUCUCACAGGGGUUAAAUGUGUAUAGAGCUCCAUCCUGCUAGAGAGGUGGAACAACCUUAAUCUGGGCCUGUUUUACCUAAAUAAAGUUCUGAUAGUCGUGCUCACUGAUGCACGCCCAGAACCGGUGCUUUUAUACUAUUUCUGUUGUUUAGAAAGUGGUGGUAGGGUGUCUUUGCUUCACAAAGAAAAAGGGUGCAAAUAGUCCGAGCUGUGCUCUCUUCCUCACUGCUGCCUCGCUGGAUCCUUGUCCAGAGCUUCACAUCAUUUCAGGGGAGCAGAAAAAAAAUUUCUCAAAUGUUUUAAACCGGCUGAGAAGUAUUUUGUACAAAUUCUUACCCUAUUAAUGUCCUUUUUUUCUAAAGGAAUUGAAAAUAGUACAUAUUGUGCUCCUCGACAUAAUAAAAAGUGGAUCCAUCUUUAAAUAUACUUUUUAAUAUUUCAUUUCAAUUUAAAAAUGUCUGUGCCCUUCCAUUGGACCAUUAUUUUGUUUUUGACAUGAUUUACGAGAGUCCAGGUGGGGUGUUUGCAAUCCAAAUUAAACAGCUUGGGGUUUAAGUGUCUUCUGCCAAGGAGACAAAACAAGGACUGGAGACGAAUGGUGUUGGAGUCCUGGUGGUUUCUGAGGGAACUCUGCAGGGUUGCCAAAGUUGACAGAGGAAAGGAGCACAGCCUUUUGAUGCAUCAGUGCACUAUUGACAUUCUAUGCAAUUUAGCUGGCCUUAUUUUUGGACUGGCUUUUCACCCUUCCUCGUUUCUCUUAAAACCAGUACAGUUAGCCUUUUAAGCAAAGCAGGUGUUUUCUAUGUAUGAUUUUGAGAACUUUUUUUUUGUGUGUGUGUGUGAAAUAAUCUUAGUAUGGGACAUUUGUUUUCUCAUGGACAUCCAACAGUAAAAACUGGAACAGUGCCCCCUCAACAAGGGACUAAUAUCUUCAUUCAUUACUAUAAUCAACAUUUGCCAGAUGCUACUUGCUACUGAAACAGGCAGUGCAUUGUUGUGAUUCUGAUGUAUGCUGUUCUUGUCUUGUGCAUUUUAUGUUGUGCACAUCAAGACAUAUCAUUUUAAAUGGCUAAAAUCCAACAGUUCUUAUAAUAGAAAUCAAAUUACAGUCAUCAAAGCCAAACAGUACCCUCCAACAUCUUAAACAAAACCAAAGGACACAUUUUGUAAAGGUUUCCUUUCACAUAAUCUUCAUAAAUUACUUUUUAUUUUUAUUUUGGAGACACGACUUCUUUGUUGAUGUGUGGUUUCAUUAUGAGACUGUAUCCUGUUGUUCUGCAGGGGACUCUGUUCCAGGCGGGUUGCACAUCCUGCUUUGCCUCCUCUGAAUGAGCUAAAAGUGUCAGACUGUACAUAGAGGGCUGUCGGCAUGUGAUCAUACACCCCAGAGGCCUUUUUGUUCAUAUUAGUCUUUUUUGCAACAAACUGAGAUGUCUGACAAUUUUCGCUUUUCAGUGCUCUCACUCACUGGAUUAGCGUAGGAACCGACCGACGCAUGGGGACAGAAGUGAUCUUUUUAUCACCUCUUUGUAUUAUAAUGUAUGUACGGUUUGCUGGAUCAAAGAUUAAGUGCUACUUCUAUCUUGAAGUUUUACAAAAGCAGAAUGUUAAAACACAGGCCUUUUGUUAUUUCAGCAUGUUUGUGUGGAGAAAAAGCUAUGGGUCUUUUUUUUUUUUUAUAACAUUAUUUUUUUUAACUAAAUUGCUGCAAUGCAGACUGUUUUUUUAAUCAAAACAGUGUCUAUCCUAAUCAUUAAUUAAUUGUAUUUGUGGCAGAAAAUGUAUUUUUCACUGUUUUUUAAUCAUUCUACGUUAACCAAAAAGUGUGUUAUUGUUGCCAUAUUCUGCUUUUUGUUGAUUUCGCAGGACUAUUAAAACUUGAUCCAGACGUUUUGGUCACUUAUUGACCAGAUCAGCUCACCCAUAAUAAAAACUAAUUGAUCAUAUAAGACAAGAAUGAGGAAGAGUCCUGCUCACAGAGAACCUCUCUAUGUUUGAGUUGAUGUAAAACCAGCCUGAUAAGUAACAAAGAGCCAUUCUUCUAUUGGUACUGUACUUUGUAUCGAUGACAUGAAAUGCUUUAUUUAUUGAUGGUACGGCUGUUAACAUCCAGAAUAGUUUGCUGUAUUUCACUCCUCCUCGUUGAGAUUGUAGCCCCCACAUACCACUCAGACCAUCACACUAACCAGCCAACCAAAGCAAAGUGUACAGUAAACAUGACAAAGAUGUAAAUCAAGCUAUGAAUCCUACUAACUCUGGAAAGUCUCAGUGUUUAUACACACCUACUGCAGAUCUGUUAGUUUGCAGACAUUUACCUGAUCCCCCCCGCCCCCCCCCCCAAAAUCAGCAAUUCUAUGAGACAUUUAGUGUGUUAUCUCCCUUUUCAUCUCUUGAAGCAGGUCAAAUUCCAACGACAUCCAGUCGAUAAAACUGUAGCAACCCUCCUUAAUGAAUGUAGCUUGAUUGGAGGCUUCCUCUAAAGUCCUUACAAGUAAAUGCUGAGCAAAAAAAUAAUAAAAAUGUAGCUGUUUAAAUCCAGGGAUAUAUGGUGUGCCGUUACUUACUGGAGACCUUGGUAUGUUUUGCUUUAUUAAAUGGGUUCUUACCUGACCAACUUACAGUAUGUGACCUAGGUGUAUGUAAAUGAGGUCCUGGUUGAUGUGAAUGUUUCAUACUAAAAAGGGUUUUAUACGAUUGGUUUUUAUCAGUGUAGCACUGGGAUUAUACGGUUGUGUUAACUGUGGUGUCAACAUACAGUUUUACAUGUUCAUCGGCAUACCCGUUCAAUGUAAUUAUUGCCUAUGUUUAAUUUCAUAAACAUGACGGGGAAAUAAAAGGUGCAGCAAUACUUAUUUGGGUAAAAUUUACAGAACUGUAUUGGACAGUUUUUGUGUUUCAUUUGCAUUAUCCUGUUGAUUUCAUUUUAAGUGGUUGAUUCGUCUGCUUUAAUUUAAUUGCUUAUCUCUCCUAGAUUUGUGGGUUUAUUUUGUUUAAACUAUUGAUACAGUGUAUUCAUGUGGGUCUGGGGCAGGCUGUUUCAAAACUGAUGAAUGUACUCAAUUGAUAUUGGGGGUAAAAUGAAAUAAAAUGGUGGAUUGAAUAAAAAUCUAGGCUAA